AUGAUUCACACCUUCAAACCGUCAACAUUUAAAGCAAACCAGCCCAAACCCGAGACACCGAAGACCUACAAAGACCAGCCGACGACCAGCAGCACAGUAUCGCUGCUCCACGGCAUCAAGAACCGUCACAACGACCGACGAUUGCUGAAUGACAUUGGCGCUCCACGGCGUUCCAGACUCGUGACGAGAGUCGACGACUGCAGUAUAGCAGCCUUAGCAGUUACGAAUCGUGUCGACGAUCGUCGAUCGCAUACGAUAACGCCGCUCCACGGCGUACAAGAUUCGUAG